GCCUUCACUGCAGAUAAUUAGCAUUUUCAGCGGCUAUCACACUGCAGAUCAGAGCAGCACGCUGUGAGCUUCGGUGUCGACAGCGUGCUGUGCAUUGCCGACCUUGGAAUGCAACACAAACAUCACAUAUCACAUGCUCCUGUUUUGGUCCCACAAGAGGACGAGAGCCUGUUUUUCUCUUCGUGUGCCCGUCCUAUCACAGCCAACUUGUUGUACUUGAAAUGAGGAAGAGUAGAAGGAUGAAGCAGUUUUCAAAAUGUUUCUCCUCUCUUCUUUCUGUACAGUGACACCAGCUGUUAGCUGCUAUUGCUGCUCCUGUCCUACCCGAGUCAGUUUUUUUUGCACCCUGAAGCAGUCCGCACCAUGACCUCCUCUCCGCUGGUUUCUCGAGCCAACAUGGACAUCCUGGAUGAGCUGCAGCUGAUUGCUGCCCAGAAUUUGGAGAGACUAGAGGUCAACAAGUACUACGAGGUGAUCAGAGAGCUGGGCAAGGGAACCUAUGGCAAGGUGGAUCUGGUCAUACACAAGAUCAGAGGUACAAAAAUGGCACUGAAGUUCCUGAAGAAGAAGACAACCAAGCUGAAGUCUUUUCUACGGGAGUACAGCAUCUCCCUGUACCUGUCUCCGUGCCCCUUCAUCAUCAACAUGUUUGGCAUCGCCUUUGAGACCGACGAGUACUACGUGUUUGCACAGGAGUACGCCGUGGCGGGGGACCUCUUCGAUAUAAUUCCUCCACAGGUCGGUCUUCCUGAAACAGUAGCAAAGCGCUGUGUACACCAAGUAGCCAUCGCUCUGGACUACCUGCACUGUAAGAAGCUGGUCCAUCGGGACAUUAAGCCUGAAAACAUCCUCAUCUUUGACCGAGAGUGCCGCAAGGUCAAGCUCUCUGACUUCGGAAUGACUCGCCGGGCUGGCUCACCAGUGAAAAGAGUGAGCGGCACCAUCCCCUACACAGCUCCGGAGCUCUGCGAUGUGUCCCGCCAUGAGGGCUUCUGCGUGGACUACAGCACUGACGUCUGGGCCUUCGGUGUGCUGCUGUUCUGCAUGCUGACCGGUAACUUCCCUUGGGAGAAGGCUCUGCCCUCUGACUCUUUCUACCAGGAGUUCAUCCGUUGGCAGAGGAGGAGGACGAACACGGUGCCGUCGCAGUGGAGGCGCUUCACCGAGCAGGCCCUUCGCAUGUUCCGCCGCCUGCUAUCGGUGGAGCAGGACCGCCGCUGCUCCGUCAAAGAAGUGUUCGGGUACUUCAGCCACUCCUGGAUGUUAGACGCGGAGAACGAUAACAACAAUGGCAACACGGUUGCUGGAGGUGGCGGCGAAAGAGUUAGUGGCGGAGGCGGCGGCGGCGGUGGAGGAGGUGGAGGGGGAGGAGGAGUCCGUGGGGAGGUGGACGGCACAAUCUCGUCAUCAUCGUCCGGGGAAGAAGACGAGGAGCUUCUCGUGGAGAGGAUGAAGCAGCAGACUCUGUCACCUCGCUCCCCAGUGUCGCCCCUCUCUCCCAUGUUGCCAAUGGCGGUGAAGAGGGGGAGCGGAGGCAGCGGGGCCAAAGGAGGGAUGAUGGAACCCGGCGGGGGCCACCAUUUCGUGUCCGUCUCCACCAACAGCUCCGUGUCAUCCACCAACAGCUACGAUCGAAUGCCCCGAGAAAACGGCUCACCUGGCGGCCGCAUGCUAGUGCCGACACCCAUAGAAAUCUGCGUCUGAGCAUGUCAGGGCUCACCGGCACACACUUUUAUACCUCUCAUCCAACCACGUAGAUGUUCAUGCAUGGGAAAAGAAACAAAGCGAUAACAAAGCACUAACACAUCUCCUGUUUUAAACAUUGUGGGAAAGGAAGAGCGCAGACACACACGCGCCGGAGGACUUCCGAGGACGUCUUUGUAGAACGCACACAUUCCUCAUGAUUGGUCGAAUGUCCUGUUUUAACACUUGGAAUUCAAGGACACGUUCAAAAUGCAAGUGUAGAAAAAUGAAGAAAAAAACGCUACAUUAGAGAUUUCAACACUAAAUCGAUCUGACAAGAAGACCAAAAUAUAUUCCUUAAAGCAAUACUUGCAGCAAAAAAAAUGAAUUAAAAUAACAUAAAAAGAUAAAAAAGUCAGCAGGAGUUGGGCAGAACUCCUCGUGAUCUCUUCAACACUGAUAAGAAGGUUUUUUUUAAGAAGCCAAGGGACAAAAGAUUCGUGUUUUUGACCGAAACAGAGCUCAAGCUAACACCUUACAAGAUAAAAAGACUGACUGAGCCGUGGUUUCAGUGUUUUACUUGUAACAAGAAUAUGAAAGUGUGAAUGUGUCCGUGUGCGUCGCCGUGCGUUUGAAUCUAAAACAAGUAGUUUAAUUUUUCUUUGAGAAUUUUAUUAUUUAUUUGAAUCUUUAAAAAAAGAAGAAAAAAAA